AUGGAUCCUCUCGAAGAAUCCCCUUGGGGCGAAUCGGCGCCUUCGCAAACCUCGCAACCCGAAACCUCCCAAUCGCAGGAUGAUGCACCCAAGCCCUCCGCUCCGAGCACCUCUUCGACCCGCCCCUCGCGCGCUGCUCCUCGCCGCAUGGUAGCCCAGCCAACCCGCCUCGAAGCCGUCGAUGACGACCCUCUCGGUCCAUUGGGCCCCCUUGGCGGCCCUGCUACUCCCGGCACUCCCGACCUCGGCCAGGAUGCGCCUCCCGUCCCGCCCCAGAAGGAGGAGAUGGUGAUUCGCACCACCAUGCCGCCCUCUCAGACUCGCCGCGCUGGGCCCGCCGACCCCCAUCGUGUCGACGAUACGGAUGACGAUUACAACCGCUCAAGUGGCCCUCGCGCGCCGCCCCCUGUUCAGGCUGCCCAUCCCAGCGCCGUUCGGACGACCACCAACCCCAGCGUGAGCGUCGAACAGGCGAGCAGGCCGACCUUCCACAUUUCCGUCGGCGAUCCCCACAAGGUCGGCGACUUUACAAGUUCACACGUGCAGUAUGCCGUGCGGACUGAGGCGUACAAGGAGCCCGAGUUUGAGGUGAAGCGACGGUACCGCGAUUUCCUGUGGCUGUAUAACACACUGCACGGGAAUAACCCCGGCAUUGUCGUGCCGCCGCCCCCAGAGAAGCAGGCUGUCGGUCGCUUCGAGACUAACUUCGUCGAGAGCCGCCGCGCCGCGUUGGAGAAGAUGCUCAACAAGAUCGCGGCGCACCCUACGUUGCAGCUCGACGGCGACCUGAAGCUGUUCCUCGAGAGCGAGUCCUUCAACGUCGACAUCAAGCACAAGGAGCGGAGGGAGCCCAUCCCGACAGAAAGCAAGGGUGUCUUGGGCAGCCUGGGCAUCAGCGUCGGCGGCGGCAGCAAGUUUGUCGAGCAGGAUGACUGGUUCCACGAUCGCAAGGUUUACCUCGAUGCGCUGGAGAACCAGCUCCGCGCCCUACUCAAAGCCAUGGAGACCAUGGUCGGCCAGAGGAAGAUGAUGGCCGAGGCGGCCGGCGACUUCUCCGCCUCCCUGCACGCCCUCUCGACCGUCGAGCUCUCGCCCUCGCUCUCUGGCCCUCUCGACGCCCUCUCAGAGCUGCAGCUUACGAUUCGCGAUGUGUACGAUCGUCAGGCCCAGCAGGAUGUGCUCACGUUUGGCAUUAUUCUUGAGGAGUACAUCCGACUCAUCGGAUCUGUUAAACAGGCCUUUGCGCAGCGGCAAAAGGCCUUCUACUCAUGGCACACUGCCGAGUCAGAGAUGCAGAAGAAGAAGACCACGCAGGACAAGCUCCUAAGGCAGGGCAAGAGCCAGCAGGACCGUCUCAACCAGAUGGGCGCCGAGGUCGCAGACGCUGAGCGCAAAUGCCACCAUGCGCGCAUGCUGUUCGAGGACAUGGGCCGACUGAUGCGGGCGGAACUGGACCGCUUCGAGAAGGAGAAGGUCGAGGACUUCAAGAGCGGCGUGGAGACGUUCCUGGAGAGCGCCGUCGAGGCGCAGAAGGAGUUGAUCGAAAAGUGGGAGACGUUCCUCAUGCAGCUUGACGCCGACGACGACGAGACGGUCUUCUACCGCCCGCCUGUGACAGAAGGCAACAAGCCGGCCGGUGCCGACCAAGAUGGCGCCGCGGCGCACCUCGGUCAUGUCCUUCUGGGGUCCGCCGUGCGAUUCGAGUCGCUGGGCAGCUUUGCCGGUGUCGCGCAACCGGCGUAUCGUUAG